AUGCGGAAUCCACAGGAACCCGGGGAUCAAAGCCCCAUGUCACGCUCGCGCAGUGUGAGCAUCUCUAGCGAUGCUGGCCCCAAAAUCUCACUGUCCUCUCCGCCGCCCGUCGAUCCAAGACCUGCCUUUAUCGCCGCUUCAUCUGCUGCUCAAAUAAUAAGCGCCGAUAUGGAACAAUACGAACUGGGCUCGGGCUCGGGCGACGAUAUAUCCUUCACAUCAAAUGGCCUUGUGUUGUUGAAUGGAUUUCUCGACUAUUUACUCUUUAGUUUUCUGGCUUCGGCUAAAUCAACCCAGCUAAGCGCUCUUCGUCCCGCCAUCGCUGAUGUUCUAAAACCCCGAUUAGCAAGAGAGGUGGUAUCCACUGCCGAUGAAGAGCUCCGUGAAUAUAUGGGUGGCGGCGAGGAAGAUGAGCUGCAAGAGUUCCGAGGCGGUCGUGCGCCGCAUGGCGAAUUUGACCUGGUGCGAGCUUGGAAAUUAGCCCGUUUGCGAUGCAUGGUGUAUACACGAUUGGGCGACUUGGAAGAAGAAGAGGAAGACGAGUACAUCGCCCGAGAGGGCCUGGACGAAGCAGGCGGUGCCCCGCGACGUUUCUCUGGCCAUGCUGGAAACAUCACCCCAGCGGCUGCCAUCUUCCUAACCUCGAUUAUUGAAAAUAUAGGCGAACAUGCCCUAGCUGUUGCUUGCGAAAAUACCCGCAACAGAUAUUAUACAGCUGCAAGGCUCGCCCCCAAAUCCUCAAUCGCUGAUGAAGCCGGCAAUAAAAUCAUUGUCGAUGAGAGCGACAUGGAGAAACUGGCUCUAAACCCCACACUGGGUCGAUUAUGGAGGACAUGGAAAAAGGGGAUUCGUGCGCCCACACUGUCUAGGGCAUUUUCUAGAGAGUCCUUUACUCGACGAAGCAAUGCUAGUAAUAAAGGUAGCGUCAACACCCCGGAGGAAUUGGCUGGCCCAGAAUCCCGAAUCUAUCCCCACGUUGAUAAAGAAGAGGAAAGUCGAUCAAAAUCUGUCGAGCCAGCGGAUAUUGCCUUGCCUAUGAACGACGACGAUAUCAAGGAUAUUGAAAACCCUGGGCUUCUAGAUAUGGAAGAAGCAGAGCCAAUGCAGGCUGCUAUUGCUCAAAAAGUGCGUCCGCGGAGUCUGAUUGUCUCCCGUUCUGGAGCGAUGACUCCGACUUCCCCUUCAAGCAGAUCCCCCGGAACGUGGCCAGCGACAAACUCACCACAGCACGCUCGUUCGCAAUCGGUUCCUAUUCACAUUGUUGAUAUAAUCAAAUCUAUCGAUCAUGACAAAUCCCUGGGAACCGUUACUGAAGAUGAAGUCGUGCCCACGGAAGCGUCUUUGCCCAAUAACAAAGGAGAGGAGAUAACUUCACAUCCAUGUCAAAAUGAGGCAUCAGAUAACCUUGUAGACGGAAGCGAAGUGCAGCCACAGGUCAUUUACCACCAAAAGGCUAGCACUGAAAAGGGCUCCGAAAAUGAUGAAGAUCGUCAUCCCCCCGAGGAUGAGGUUGUUGAAGGACAGGGAACAUAUCAAAGACCAAGUCUCAACAAUCUUUCAUUGCAAAGGCCCAAAAGAAAAGUAUCCAGAGAUACAGCAGCCAAAAAGGAGGCGGUGGCGGCUCUAUCCAUUGAGGUGGCCGAAAACCAGAGCGGCCAUCGUGAUGAUCAUCAGCCGCUAAUGCAAGGGGCAGCGAUCGUACAGGAUGCCAGCUCUUCCACCCGACGAAAUGCCACCCCUGCAGGUGAUUCGUUCCAUUUACACAUACACAGUGAGAAGUCGGAAAAUAUUUCACAUGGAAGCGCACCCACUUCUCAUCCGCGCCAGCUCGACACAAAUAUCGAGCCUCCAACUAAAGAGAAUGCCAAUAACCUCCCGCGCGACUCGUUCAACACAAGCCGGCACACAUCUUCUCUCUACUCAGAGAGCAUAGGUGCUCCGCAUUCUACUUCAGAUGAUAGCGAGGGGAGCGUCUAUCGAUCAAUCCCUUCUCGCGCUGCUUCUCGCGCCGCAUCUCAUGCGACCUCAAUCAGGAGCCAGCCUCGCCAGGACGAACACUCUACACCGCGGGAACGUGUUGCGAUUCAGCGUGUGCACGUAGGAUCUUCUACGUCGCAAGCAUCCAUUCGAUCUCGCCGGUCUGGUAGCAUUAGCGACAAGCGACCUGUUACAUCUGGUUCGGCGACAUCAAGCGUGUCAACGAAGUUGAAAGUCCUUAUCGGUCGUCAUCCUACAGACGCUGAAGUACCUUUACCUGCUCCACCCCGCAGGUCUUCAGACGCUAGUAAAUUCACUAGCGAUGAUGCGGAUGAGACAACACUAGAUCAACUCAUCAAGAGUGACGAGACGAUACGCUUUACGUUGACUCCGCGUACAAUGCGAGAAAUAGAAUUGCCUGGAUCCCCCCGUUGGAACACUGCUCGUAACGAUAUCCAUAACGAUCGGACUGAUACGUCCGACCUCGCCGACUUCUUUAGGAAUACGGCCCCUCCUGGAGAACCACUGCCUUCGCCGCGCGUCGCGAUAGGACGGGACCUUCCCACGCCUCACAUGAAGCCAUCUUCACCUGCCGUUGACGGUCUACAAAUACAACCAAAGGCCGAAACUCUUUCUGAGAAGUCGAGUCCUAUUAGUGUACAUCCACUAACUAGCCCUGUGAGUGACGUUUCCAAUCGAAGCAGGACAACUAUGCAUCAAGCUCGUGGUCCCCGUGCAACAGGUGAUUCCGUCCGGGAAUUUGCACAAUUCAUUCGUUCAACUGGACCCGGAGUAGCCACGCCUAGUGACCCGAAUAGUCGUCUUCCUGGAGGGAAUUCCACUCACGCUCAUCUUCGUGAUGGCUCGGACUCCAUAGUCAGUUCUUCCAGGCCAGAUACCGCACAUUCUGGUUCAUCCCGUGCGACUGCUAAACCAAGGGAAUCGUAUAACUCCGCUAGGAAGAAUGGACCACGACUCCAAGCUCGGGAUGCUUCCGGCUACAACGGUGCCAAGACAUCUGAUUUAAUUGACUUUAUAAGAGAGGGCCCUCCAGGUGCAUCUACUCAUCGAAUUCCCCGUACGGUGGCCCCCUUCAGGAAUACCAUGGAUUCAGAAGAUCUUUUAUUGAUGGAUACAGUCCGUGACAAUGACGCCCGCAUAACACCGUCUCUCGCCAGUACGGGUGCCGAAUCUACUUCCAGUUUACGUUCUCCUCUUCUCGCACAAUACAACGCUUCCAAUGCACCGCCUAUUCCGGCACGAAAGCGACGUGGUCCCCGAGAUCCAUACGCCAUUGACGACCUUGAUGAUGAGGGUCUUGAAGAAGCAUCUGGAACUGCCAAAAUCUCGAAGGCACCACGAGCAGAGGAGAGUUUGCUUGAUUUCUUGAACUCCGUUCCACCGCCGCCGACCAGCCAGAAGGCCCCUGAGCCAUUCAUUCUUAGCUCGCACCCUAUGCCUUCCUCGGGACAGUUCACACCCAACACUAGGGGCCGAUUUAGGCGAAAUACUUUCGUUGACAAGCUACCCGGCCCCACGUUGAAAAAGUCAAUGACUUCGAUGCGGUCUGCCAAAUUGUCUUCCAAGCCACAAAUAAGCCAACCCGUUCAACAGUCCUCCUGGCGUCCUCCGGUGCCCAUGGUUCCUAAACUGAAUGGUCAGCUCAACUCCCAAUUCAAUUUUGGUCAAGCAUCUGCAUUCCAGCCAUCUGGACCGCAACUAUACUCAACGCCGAAGACCGAGACUGGCGCUCUCGCCGAUUUCCUGAGAAAUACAGGGCCUCCUGAGUCCAUGACACGCGCUUCUUCAACCUUUUCAGAGGAUAAAAAGGAUUCGUCAUUUUCCAGGUUUUUUCGCCGCAAAAGACUUGAGGCUUGA